AUGCAUUUUUUAAAUUUUAAUAUUUUUGUUUUAUUCUUUGGAAUUAACAUCUUAACAAUCAAUGGAUGUUUUACUAAAAUUGAAGGAUUAUUUAGAAAAACUUGUAUUUUGAUAAUAGACAUUGAAUCGGACAAAUUUUUUAGUAUUUCGUUUUUAUAUUUAAAACCAAAUGUUUUCCAAAUUUUGCAAAAAAUGAAUAAACAACGCUUUAAUUACGGUUUCAAACAAAAUAAACUAAUGUUAGAUAAUAUGAGUGUGUUUGCUAAUCAUAAUAUAGAUCCAAAAACUAUAUUGCGUCUUUGCAGCAGAUGUGGAGCAAAAUGUGGAAUGAUGACAAAAAUAAGAUUUAUUGGAUCACAAGGACAGGGCAAUAGUCUUCGACGUGGUAGUUUGCAACGUGGAAAUAGUCUUACAAUGAGUCAGCGUAGAAAUCUUGCACAUAGCAAUGCAAUUCACGAGGGUAUUUAUGGAAGUGUUCGACGUAAUAGUAUUGGUAGUGGUGGUGGUAGUUUUAAUAGAGGUAGUGGUAGUUUUCAUAGUCAUGGUGGUAGUUUUCAUAAUCGUGGUGGUAGUUUUCUUAGUCGUAGUGGCAGUUUCCAACGUUCUGGUUCAAUGCACCAUAGUAAUAGUGUAAGAGCGCGUCAAAGGGCAGUUUUUGCUAACGAACGUCCAGAUAGUGAAGAAUAA